CCAGGUCGGUCGCAGUGGUCGCCUCUCCAGUUCCGCACGCUCAGCACUGGGGGUCCUGGCUGGUCCCCGCCGCUCAACGGCGGACCGAGGCGCGGCGGCUGCGGCCCGCCCGGCCCCGCGGCGCUCGCGGAGUCCGAUGGCGGUGGCCGCGCCGCAGGACCCAGGCCGGGCCCGCAUGACUGCAGAAACCCGUGUGGACCUCGCACAGGCCAUUUAGAUGCUUCUCCCAACCUACCUGCCUGGUGAUGCUGAGGGAGGACAGUGACCAUGAGACAUGAGGAGAGGGUGGUGCUAAGGGAGGACACAGUGAAGGUGAGGAGAAGGACUGUGUAACCUUUGAGGACGUGGCCAUUUACUUCUCCCAGGAAGAGUGGGGGCUCCUUGAUGAGGCUCAGAGGCUACUGUACCUUGGUGUGAUGUUGGAGAACUUUGCACUUGUAACCUCACUGGUUUGUUGGCAUGGAAUAGAGGAUGAAGAGAUACCUUCUGAGCAGUUUUCUGUAGGAUUGUCGCAGGUCAAGACUUCAAAGGCAGACUCAUCCACCCAGGAGACUUAUCCCUGUGAAAUGUAUGUCCCAGUCCUGAAGGACAUUUUGCACCUGACUGGUCAACCUGGGCAGGAACCCUAUUUGACUGGGACAUGUGCAAACCUUCACCAGGACCAGAAUUGUCACAGCUCAGAGAUGUCGUUGACGAGAGACUUGGAAAAGGCCUCAUAUAUGAAGAGCUGCAUAAUCCAAGAGAAACCCAUUAGCUGUGGUAAGGUUGGAAAGGACUUUCUGGCCAAAUUGGACUUUAUCCAGCCCCAGGCUGUUCCCAACUGUGAGAGGCCAAACACAAUAACUGAGCAUAGGGAAGCCCUUCAUAUUGGAAUAAACCAUUACAAGUGGAGUGAAUGCAGAAAAACUUCCAGCCACAAACACAGUCUUGUUCACCAUCCAGGAGUUUACACUGGAAAAAGGCUUUAUGAAUCUACCAAAUAUGGGAAAGCCUACCACUGCAAGUACUCACUUAUUCAGCUCCAGAGAGUCCAUAAUGGAGAAAGACCUUAUGAGUGCAGUGAAUGUGGGAAAUCUUUCAGCCAAACCUCGCACUUGAAUGACCACCGCAGAAUCCACACUGGAGAAAGACCUUAUGAGUGUGGUCAGUGUGGGAAAUCAUUUAGUCAAAGAGCCACACUCAUUAAACAUUACAGAGUACACACUGGAGAAAGGCCUUAUGAGUGCAGUGAAUGUGGGAAAUCCUUUAGCCAAAGUUCCAACCUCAUUGAACACUGCAGAAUUCAUACUGGAGAAAGACCUUAUGAGUGCGAUGAGUGUGGGAAAGCAUUUGGGUCCAAAUCCACUCUUGUUCGGCACCAGAGAACUCACACGGGAGAAAAGCCUUAUGAAUGUAGCGAGUGCGGGAAAUUCUUUACACAGAGCCACAGCCUGCUUGAACACCAGAUAAUUCAUACCGGAGCAAGGCCUUUUGAGUGUGGCCAAUGUGGUAAGUCGUUUAGCCUAAAGUAUGGCCUCAUUCAACAUCAGUUAAUCCACAGUGGGGCUAGGCCUUUUGAAUGUGACCAGUGUGGAAAAUCUUUUAGCCAAAGAGCCACCCUCAAUAAACACCACAAAGUACACACUGCAGAAAAACCUUAUGAGUGUGGGGAAUGUGGGAAAGCCUUUAUGUUCAAAUCUAAACUCCUUCGGCACCAGAGAACUCACACUGGAGAAAGGCCUUUUGAGUGCAGUGAGUGUGGGAAGUUCUUUAGACAAAGCUACACCCUUGUUGAACACCAGAAAAUUCACACUGGACUGAGGCCCUAUGAGUGUGGCCAGUGUGGAAAAUCCUUUAUCCAGAAGUCUGGCCUCAUUCAGCACCAGGUCGUUCACACUGGAGAGAGACCAUACGAGUGUGGCAAAUGUGGGAAAUCUUUUACACAACACUCUGGCCUCAUUCUUCACCGAAAAUCUCACAUCAUGGAGGGGCCUCACAAAAGCAACAAAUGUGAGGAAGCCUUCAACCCAGGGUUUAACAUUACUUAGCUCCUGGAAGUCCACACUUGAGAAACACCUUAUACCAGCAAGAAUUGUGCUGUUUCUUUGAUCAGUGUUAGACUCUCUGAGGGAACUGCCUGCCUGAAGUUGAACAUUUUACUUCCUAACACCUACUGGGGUAAGAGUCCCUGCAUUCAGGCACGGAUGAGGCUCACAGGAACCUUUGUCAGAGUAAAAUCACUGCCAGAAGGCAUCUUCUACCCAUUCACAGUGUUCUUUGAUUACCUGAGCUUGUAAAGGAAGACACCUGUCUGCUUAUUCCCUGGAGAAAGCCUUGAACAACCUGGGCUCCCAAGGAGAAUUCUUUCCCUUUUCUGAGUGAUUAAAACAUACAUAUGACUAGUUUUUAGGAGGAGGAGCUUGUCUGCAGUUUGCUGGAGUCUUCCAGGAAUGGCUUACCUUCAUGGAAAAGUUUUAUCAGUCUCCUAUUCACCAACAGGAAAUUUUCUUCAUGUUGUUCUGGUUUAUACAUUAAUAAAUGCUUUAUUGUUU